AUGCACCCGGCGCUCGGCCACGCUCGCCCGCUCUCGUCCGCCUCCGCCUCCUCCGCGCCGCCCGCCGCCCGCCUGCAGCCCCUCUUCCUCCGGGGGAGCUCCGCGGGCGGCCCGACAGGCUCGGGCGACAGCGGCAGCAGCACCAGCCCCAGCCGCGGGGGCGGCGGCGGCGGCUCCCCGAGCAGCAGCACCGGCGCCGAGCGGGAGGACGACGACGAGAGCGUGAGCAUCAGCCGGCCGCUCGUGCGGGCCGCCGCCGCCGCGCUCCCGGGGCCCCCGGCGCAGGGGGGCCUCCCGCCCGCCGAGCCCGCGCCCGCCGCCGCCGCCACGCCCACCUCCUCGACCUCCUCGUCCUCCUCGUCCUGCUGCAGCAUGACCGCCGCCGACUUCGGCGCGGGCGCCGCGGCCGGGGCCGUCGGGGGCGCGGGGGGCGCGGGCGGCCCCGGGUCGGGCGGCGGAGGCGGCGGCGACUCGUGCUGCUCGUGCUGCGGCCGCCCCGCGCGCUCCGGACGCCGAGGUCGGCGCCGCGGCUGCGCGUCGGCUCCCGGGUGCCGCUGGGGCUACCAGGCGCUGUCGGUGGUGCUGCUGCUGGCGCAGGGCGGGCUGCUGGACCUGUACCUCAUCGCCGUCACCGACCUGUACUGGUGCUCCUGGAUCGCCACCGACCUGGUGGUGGUGGCGGGCUGGGCCAUCUUCUUCGCCAAGAACAGCCGCGGCCGUCGGGGCGGCGCGCGCGGCCACCCCGCGCUCCUGCAUCAGCACCAGCACCACCAGCAUCACCACGCGCCGCCCCCGCUGCACCUCCCCGCCGCCGCCGCCGCCGCCUCCUCCUCGGCGGCCGGGGCCAAGGCGCGCGGCGGCCGCGGGGACGGCGGCCCUGGGGCAGGGGCAGCGGCGGCGGCGGGCGAGUUCGCCUUCGCCUACUUGGCCUGGCUCAUCUACUCCAUCGCCUUCACGCCCAAAGUGGUGCUCAUCCUGGGCACGUCCAUCCUGGACCUGAUCGAGCUGCGCGCGCCCUUCGGCACCACGGGCUUCCGCCUCACCCUGGCGCUGUCCGUGCCGCUGCUCUACAGCCUGGUGCGUGCCAUCAGCGAGGCGGGCGCGCCGCCGGGCUCCGCGGGCCCGCUGCUCCUGCAGCCGCAGCGGCACGGCGCCGCGGGCUGCUUCCUGGGCACCUGCCUGGACCUGCUCGACAGCUUCACGCUGGUGGAGCUCAUGCUGGACGGCCGCGUGCCGCUCGCCGCGCACCUGCGCUACCUGCUGAUCGCCGUCUACUUCCUGACGCUUGCCUCCCCGGUGCUCUGGCUCUACGAGCUAAACGCCUCGGCCCUGGCGGCCACGUCCUCCUGGGGCCUGGCCUCCGGGCCCGGGAGCUGCAGCCGCCUGCUGCGCCUGCUGAGCGGCUGUCUAGUGGACGUGCCCUUGCUGGCGCUGCGCUGCCUCCUGGUGGUGAGCUACCAGCAGCCUCUGUCCAUCUUCAUGCUCAAGAACCUCUUCUUCCUAGGCUGUCGUGGCCUGGAGGCCCUGGAGGGCUGCUGGGACCGGGGGAGUCGGACCUCCCCAAGUCGGGCCAGGAGCGGCUACAGUGCUCCACCCUCCGCGCCUCCGCCGCCGCCGCCUCAGGGAGGCUCCCAGCGAGGCCAUUUGGAGAACGAGGGAGGCGCCCACGGCUAUGUCAACACCCUCGUUGUGGCUUCUCAGAAUUGAGGGGUCCAGGGGCAGGGGACCAUGCUUUUGGGUUGAGAGUUUCCAGCCACCUAGGCCUCUGACCUUCUGUCAUCCAGAUCUGAUCAGGAUUGGUUGGGACUGAGGCUGAGGGGCCACUGCAACCUUCUGCACCCCAAGGUGAACACUGCCUAGAAGGAGACCAGCAGUAUAUGGUGAGGGAAAUGGGUCCAUGCCCCCCCCCCUCCCCGCAGCCUUCUCCAGAGUCUUCCAAUCCUGACCUCCAGGGAGCUGGACAGCCACACCACCUGCUUUGCUUGCCUGCGUCCUGAACCCCCACCCUUUGUGGGGAGAACAGAGGAAAAGAUGUUCAGGUAGGGUGCCGGGCCUUGGGCC